UCUAAUUCAAAAACUAGUUGGAAAAUUUGGGAGAUUCGGAGUGAAAUCUGGUCGGAUCUUGCUUUCUUGGCUGUGGAUUUUGGUGGGUAGUAGUAUUUCAACACACUUAACUAAUGGGUUCUUCUUCAUUUCUCUCCUAGAAAACAUUCACGAGGACCACAACCAACAAAUCAAUCAUCAUUUCUUCUUUCUUAUUCCUCUUCUUCUUCUUCUUCUUCUGCCUCUCCUCUUCCUUAUUGGAUCUUUGGAUCAGAGUGAGAUGGGUAUGGAAACAGAAGCUCAGUUUCAUGUUUUAGCAGUUGAUGAUAGCCUUCUAGACAGAAAACUGAUUGAAAGGCUGUUGAAGAACUCAUCUUAUCAUGUUACUACAGUGGAUUCUGGUAGCAAAGCUUUAGAGUUUCUGGGUUUACAUGAGGAUGAUCAGAGAAACUCAAACCCACCUUCUGUUUCUUCACACCAUAAUCAGGAAAUGGAAGUAAAUCUCAUCAUCACAGACUACUGUAUGCCUGGAAUGACAGGCUAUGAUCUGCUCAAAAAAAUCAAGGAAUCUUCAUCUCUAAAAGACAUACCUGUUGUCAUCAUGUCCUCUGAGAAUGUACCUUCUAGGAUUAACAGAUGCUUAGAAGAAGGAGCAGAGGAGUUCUUUCUUAAACCCGUGCAGAUCUCAGAUAUGAAAAGGCUUCAACCCCAUCUUCUUAAGGGGAAAUAUAAGGAUCAACAACAACAACAACAAGAAGAAGAACAACAACAACAGCAAUCACCACAACAACAACAACAACCCAACAACAAGAGAAAGGCAAUGGAAGAAGGCCUUACAGGUAGCCUUUCACCUGAAAGAACCAGGCCAAGAUUAAGUGCUGGCUUAACAGUGGUCUGAUCAAUAAAAAUAUUAGUUUCCCUUUUACAAGAACAAGGAGAUCCCAUAACUCCUUUUUUCUUUCAACAAAUUUUUUUUUGUUUCCUUCUUCUUCAUGCUUCAUGACACAGGCUCAAGAGCAAUGUGUGUAGGGAGGGAAGAGGGGAAAGAGAGAGAGAGGGAGAGAAGCAUGAGAAGAGAGAUGUUCAUCACAGUUGGAUACCUGUAAUUUUUUUUUUCUUUUCUUUUUUGAUUAAUGGGUUACUUGUAUACAUUUUACAUAGCAAAAUUUGCAUUCAGAUUUGCAGAGAAGCAAAAUAGAAAUGUAAAUAAUGGAUAGAACUGCAAAGGGAAUCUGUACUAUUUGGCUUAAAAUCCA